CUUCCCUUGUAGUCAUGUUGUGGUCAUUCACGCAACUCCACUUUGCACUGCUUGGUGGUUUCGCUCUUAAUCUGAUGCUGCUAGUUCAUUCCCAAGAUCGUCAAUCAGGAUUCAUUAGCAUAGAUUGCGGCCUCCAAACAGAUUCAAGUUAUUCUGAAAAGGUAACAGGCAUUAACUAUAUUUCAGACGCAACCUUCAUAGACACCGGCGAAAGUAAAUCCAUAUCGCCUGAUUACAGAGAUAACUAUACACAGCCAUCCUGGUCUGUUAGGAGCUUCCCCGAAGGAGCCAGGAAUUGUUACAAAAUAAAUGUUACACCAGGCAACAAAUAUUUUAUGCGAGCUGGUUUUACAUACGGGAAUUAUGAUGGCCAAAAUAAGAUACCAGAAUUUGAUCUACACCUUGGACCUAAUUUAUGGGAUACAGUUAGGUUCGAAUACGCCUCCGAUGUAAACACUCACAGAGAGCUCAUACAUGUCGCACUCCGAAACUAUAUACAUGUUUGUUUGGUGAACACAGGCUCUGGGGUUCCGUUUAUAUCUUAUCUAGAACUCAGGCCUUUACCUAAUGCGUCUUAUCAAACAACAACGGGGUCAUUGGCACUUGUCACCCGGUGUGACAUGGGCCAAAGACCUGAUAGGAGAGGAUACCGGUAUCCAUUCGAUAUUCAUGAUCGCUUCUGGAGUUCCUAUAAUGAGCUUUAUGAAUGGACACAAGUAAGUACCUCAUCCACCAUCGAAACUGAAUCUGACGACCCUUUCCAACCACCAUCUGUAGUUAUGAGUACUGCUUCGACGCCAAAAGAUCCAAGUGAUUCCUUGAGUAUUAUUUUCGUAUUGCCGGACAUAAAUGCAGAAUAUUAUAGUUACCUGCACUUUGCAGAAGUUGAAAGGGUCAACCAAUCUAGAUUCCAAUACAUUUUUAGGAACGGACGCCGCACUUUUGGGCCAUUUGCUCCUCCUCAGUACUUGUCCAAUACCAUUCACAGCACUGGGGCCUGGAGUUCUUAUGCACAAUAUGCUAAUAUUUCAAUCACCAGGGCUGAGAACUCUACCCUUCCACCCAUCCUCAAUGCUUUCGAGAUUUAUAUGGUCAAAAAUUUUAUAGAAGCAGAAACAAACCAAGAAGAUGUUGAUGCAAUCGCAUACAUCAAGUCAACUUAUAAAAUUAAAAGGAAUUGGCAAGGAGAUCCAUGUGCCCCUCAAAAUUUCGUUUGGGAAGGUGUAAAGUGUAACUAUCAAGACUUUGAGUCACCAAGAAUCAUAUCCUUGAACUUGUCCUCGAAUGGCUUAACAGGGGAGAUAGCUGCUUCUAUAUCCAAUCUCAUAAUGAUACAGUCUUUGGAUUUAUCAAACAACAACUUAACAGGACCAAUCCCAGACUUUUUGUCUAAACUCCCAAAUUUGACUGUCCUAAACUUGGAGAAAAACAAGUUCACAGGCUCGGUUCCGGUAGGACUGAAUGAAAGAAAGAAUAGUGGUUCUCUAUCACUAAGUUUGUGUGAUAAUGCACAUCUAUCUCAACCUGUUUCUUGCACAUUGAAGAAGAAGCACGGUUUCGUUAUUCCCAUAGUAGUGUCAAUCGCUGGAAUUUUCAUCCUCUUAUUAGUUGUAGCAGCUAUCUUCUGGUGGGGCUUCAAAAGGAAAAGACAACAUGAUGUCAUAGAUGCAAAAUCCAUCCCUCAAUACGGGUCAUUAGAAUCAACAAAGCGACAGUUCACAUAUUCUGAGAUACUAAAGAUGACCAACAACUUUGAGAGGGUCCUUGGUAGAGGUGGAUUUGGAACCGUGUAUCAUGGCUACAUGGACCAUACUCAAGUAGCUAUAAAGAUGCUUUCAGCAUCAUCUGUUCAAGGGUUCCAACAAUUUCAUGCAGAGGUUAAUCUUCUUAUGAGAGUUCAUCAUAAAAACUUGACAAGCCUUGUUGGAUAUUGCAACGACGAAACCCAAGUAGGGCUUGUCUACGAGUAUAUGGCCAAUGGGAACUUAUUGAACCAUCUUUCAGAUAGCAGAUCAAGUAUCUUGACUUGGGAAGAUAGACUUCGAAUAGCAACAGAUGCUGCACAAGGGUUGGAGUAUCUGCAUUGUGGUUGUAAGCCACCGAUAAUGCACAGGGAUGUGAAAUCAACAAACAUCUUGCUGAAUGAAAGUUUCCAAGCCAAAAUAUCUGAUUUUGGCCUAUCCAGAAAUUUCCCUACUCAUGAUGGAACUCAUGCAUCCAGCCAUCUUGCUGGCACGCCUGGCUACCUUGAUCCUGAGUUCUACCUAUCAAGCAGGUUAAAUGAGAAAAGUGAUGUUUAUAGCUUUGGGGUUGUGCUGUUGGAGAUUAUCACAAGCAGACCGGUUUUAACGAGGACGCAUGAGAGAAUUCACAUAAGUCAAUGGGUUGGUCUCAUGCUUGCAAAUGGAGACAUUAACAGCAUCGUCGAUCCUAGGUUAGAGGGAAAUUUCAAUACCAACUCCGUCUGGAAAGCUGUGGAAAUAGCAAUGGCAUGUGUAUCCAUAAAUGCCAUCAAGAGGCCAAGCAUGAGCCAAGUAGUGGUGGAUUUGAAGGAGUGUUUGGCAACAGAAUGUGCUCAAACAAAUCGUAGCCGUGUAACUGGAUUCAAUAAUUCCAAUGCAUUAAUGGCUGACAAUUCGAUUGUUAGGCUUACUCCCUCAGUGAGGUAGUACUGGUACCAGUACAUAACGCUUCUGCUUGAGUUCCAUUGUGCCUUUGUAGCUAAUCAUGAAAAGAAGCAUGAAUUUGGGCUCCUGUUUUGGCUCUGUUCUAGACUUCUAGUAUUGAUAGAAGUUCUUCACAUCACAGAAGUUUGGCUUAUCUUCCAUAUUUCUUGGAUGUUGUUCAAGUCCAUGAAUUAGGACUCUUGUUUGAGCUCUGUUCUUGUAUUAACCUAAGGUCAUAUUACCAUAAAUAUUA